CAAAGCGGAACAAAAGGAACAACCCAUUGAACAAUCUCUGCUGGAAAAAGAAUGCUAGAAUUUCCUGUUUAAAUCUUGAAGAAAGUCAAUAAUUAUGCAUGGUACAUAUUGGCAUAAGGCUAAAACUCAAGUUCCUUGGGUAUUGUAGUGAAAACAACUAUUUUGAAGGAAGAAAGACCUUGAAGACAUGGAACACAGAUACACACCGUGUAACACACAGUGUUAAGCUUGUACACUACUGCUGGGAGAAUCAGGAAAGUGGAUUCUGAUUUUCACAAAGGCGUGGCAGUACUAUGGAGCAGACAAUAGUCCAUAAACAACAGAUUGCCUCUUACAUUGAUCUCCUCAUGGUACAUCGGGUGGAGUUGGUGAAUGGAAUUAAAAACACUGAGUGCAUCCUGGAUAACCUGCUACAUUUGGGAUACUUCACGCUAGAAGAUACUGAGUUCAUACAGCAAAGUAUAACUCGACAUGAAAAGGUUCGUAAAAUAUUGGAUGUAAUCUCAGCUAAAGGAGAAGAAAGUGCAGAAUUCUUCCUAUAUAUCCUGAGUUGUGCUAAAGAGGUUUACUCAGAUUUUCAUCCUUGGUUAAGAGAAAUUCAUUACUGCCCAUCAGACCACCUGCUGAAUAAACCAGUACUGAUUACAGAUGCCGUGUGCCAGUAUACUGAAAAGCUCCGAGGUGAAUUGCGACGAGAUACGAGGUUCACUUCUUCAUAUGUCCAAAAGGAAGAUACUCUGUUUGACGAUACCUAUACUGAGACUCUUAUGGAAUUAAUCAACGCAGUCAAUGAAACCAAAGGAAGCAUUUCACACUUGGACAAUUUGUUCAGUGAUACUGGAGUCAUCAAUGAAGAUGCAGAAACAGUGCUAGUAAAUGGUGAUGCUGGAGUUGGUAAGACCAUACUGCUCCAGAGACUUCAGAACUUGUGGUCCAAAGGGGAGCUCUGUGCUGAUGUUAAAUUCUUCUUCAGAUUUAGAUGUCGAAUAUUCAAUAGUUUUAAGGAGGAAGAUAAGAUUUCUCUUCGAGAUCUACUGUUCAAAUACAACUGUUACCCUGACAAAGAUGCUGAUGAGAUAUUCAGCUACAUCAGACAACACCCAGCUUCCGUUCUCUUCACACUGGACGGGUUUGAUGAAAUUAAUGUUGACUGUGACCUUAAUGAUAUCCCUGACAUUUCCUCGCCCUUUGACCCCAUGCAUCCUGUGGUCCUGUUGAUGAACAUUCUUCAUGGAAAGUUAUUAAAAGGCUCCAAAAAAUUAUUGACAGCACGAACUGGCACAGAGCUACCACUGAGAAUGGUGAGAAAGAGAGUGACACUGAAAGGCUUUUCUAAGGACCAUUUACUGCAGUAUUUGAAGAAGUUCUUCAAAAAUGAGGCACAUCAAACCUCAGUUUUGACCCAGCUGGAGGCAAACCCUCACCUGAACAGUUUAUGCUCAGUGCCGUUGUUUUGCUGGAUUAUAUUUAAAUGUUACGAACACUUUCAGUCCAAGUGUAGCCCUCAGCAGUUAUCACAUUCUGUUACACUGACUGAUAUUUACCUGGUGAUGAUUGAGGUCUUCCUCAACCAUUCUUCUCAGACUAAUCUAAAUCAGAAAAAUUCCAAAAGCCAGGUAAAUUUGUUCACAACCAAAAAGGAAACUUUAAUGCGGAUCAGCAAACUAGCCCUAAAAGGCACUGAAAACCACAAUUUUGUAUUCAGCCAGGAAAAAAUUGCAGCAGCAAAGAUUUCGGAAGAGGAUUUACAGCUGGGCUUCAUCAAAACUGUAGGCCAUUAUAAUGGAUGUGGGAACCAAUCGACAUAUGAAUAUAUUCACUCAACACUCCAGUCAUUUUUCACUGCUUUUUCAUUAGUUCUAAAUGAUGAGAUCCAUCCAGGAGACCUUCUUGCACUGUUCAAUAAUGGUAACAUACCAAUACCGUCAAACAAUAAGCUAAGUGAUUUGGUUUUGGCUUUCUUGAGUCCUUCAAGGUAUUCCUCUACAAAUGUCCUCAAGCCAUUCAGCGAACAUCUGCAAUUUACCAUGUUGUUCCUUUGUGGCUUGUUGUCCAACCGCAAUAUUGAUCUGUUGCUAAACCUCGCAUCUCCUGGAACUGUGAAGGAAAAGCAGUCAGUACUAAUGUCCUACCUGUCCAACUGUAUGAAAACACACUUGCAAAGUCUUCCUCGCUCACGCCUUGAAGAUGGUUGCAAGGUUCAUGUGCUACCACGUUUCAUAUGGCUGAUAAGGUACAUAUUUGAAAUGCAGAAUGGAGCAGCAGCCAAACUGGCAGCCAAAUAUAUCUGCGCCGAUUACAUAAAGCUGAACUACUGCAACGUUUCUUCUGCUGACUGUGGUGCACUUGCAUUUAUUUUGCUUCACAUCCGAGCACCUCUUGCGCUGGAGAUGGACAACAACAACAUCAAUGAUUAUGGGGUGGAACAAAUGUUCUCCUGUUUCAGUCAGCUCACAGUCCUCAGGCUGAGUGUAAACCAGAUCACAGACCACGGAGUCCAUAUCUUGGUAGAAGAGCUCAAAAAGCAUCAAAAGAUCAAAUCACUCGGACUUUACAGGAAUUGCAUAAGUGAUGUUGGCGCGAGGGAUGUUGCUGAGCUGAUUGAAGGUUGCCCCAGUCUUGUCCGUUUGAAGAUGGGAGCUAACAUGAUUACCCAUGAAGGAGGAACUUACCUAGCCAAAGCAAUCCAAAAAAGUAAAACUAUUGAAGACACUGGGUUCUGGGGAAAUCAGAUAGGAGACAGAGGAGCUGAAGCCUUUGCAGAGGCAUUGAAGAAUCACCACAGUCUGAAGAAUCUGAGCCUUGCAGCAAACCGCAUCUCAUCAGAGGGCAGUAAACACUUGGCAAAGGCACUCUGCAAGAACAACUCACUGAAAAUAUUCUGGUUGACACAAAAUGACUUAGACGAUGCAGCAGCUGAAAGCUUUGCCGAAAUGCUAAGAGUUAACACAUCCCUGGAAAAGUUGUGGUUGAUUGAAAACAAGAUAACAAUCCGUGGAGCUACACACCUCCUUCACUCACUCAGAGGAAACAACACCAUUGAUGAGAUCUGUCUAAAGGAUAAUUGCAUUCCACCAGAAGAUGCCUGUUAUCUUGUGAAAGACAAACGCAUUAUCAUCUAGACCACUGAUGGAGCAGUUACUGUAUACAGUGUUAAGGAAUACCUUGGCUCACUUGAUAACAUUCUCAC